AUGCCGGAGAUGGAGGACGAAAUCGCGGCUCUCGUAAUCGACAAUGGCUCCGGAAUGUGCAAGGCUGGAUUUGCUGGAGAUGAUGCUCCUCGAGCUGUAUUCCCCUCUAUUGUCGGACGACCUCGUCACCAGGGUGUGAUGGUGGGAAUGGGACAAAAAGAUUCCUAUGUAGGAGACGAAGCACAAUCAAAGAGAGGUAUCCUCACACUUAAAUACCCAAUUGAGCACGGUAUUGUCACAAACUGGGAUGAAAUGGAGAAGAUAUGGCACCACACCUUCUACAAUGAGUUGAGGAUCGCACCAGAGGAGCAUCCAGUCCUUCUCACCGAAGCCCCCUUGAACCCAAAAACCAACAGGGAAAAAAUGACUCAGAUCAUGUUCGAGACCUUCAACACUCCAGCAAUGUACGUGAACAUUCAAGCAGUUUUGUCUCUGUAUGCUUCUGGACGCACCACCGGUAUUGUCCUUGAUACUGGAGAUGGAGUCACUCAUACCGUACCCAUCUAUGAAGGCUAUGCGCUUCCUCACGCAAUCCAACGUAUCGAUCUGGCUGGGCGUGACCUCACGGACUACAUGAUGAAAAUUCUUACUGAACGUGGCUACACCUUCACUACAACCGCCGAACGGGAGAUCGUGAGGGACAUUAAGGAGAAGUUGUGCUACGUCGCACUCGACUUCGAGCAGGAACUCGCUGUUGCUGGCAGUUCAUCAUCGCUGGAGAAGAGUUACGAACUUCCCGACGGACAGGUGAUCACCAUCGGAAAUGAGAGAUUCCGCUGCCCCGAAGUGCUCUUCCAGCCAGCCUUUAUUGGCAUGGAGAAUUCUGGUAUCCAUGAAACUACUUACCAGUCCAUCAUGAAAUGUGACGUCGACAUCAGGAAGGACCUCUACUCGAACACCGUUCUCUCAGGAGGUACCUCCAUGUUCCCUGGAAUCGCAGACAGAAUGCAAAAAGAGAUCCAACAUUUGGCGCCAAGCACGAUGAAAAUCAAGAUCAUCGCUCCUCCGGAGAGAAAGUACUCUGUCUGGAUCGGUGGCUCCAUCCUUGCAUCGCUGUCCACUUUCCAGCAGCUGUGGAUCUCAAAACAAGAGUACGACGAGUCUGGCCCAUCCAUUGUCCAUCGCAAAUGCUUCUAA